ACGAACACAUGUUAUACAGAUGCGGCGUCAACAAGUCAGUCCUUCGCUCAACCGUACCGUCAGCUGCUCUGGUCGUCUAUUGCAUACCAACUGAGUACUACGAAAAAGCCGCUCGCACCAGCUGGGUGCGUCUAUAGCGGCCGGGAAAAACGAAGCCACCCAUCCACUCAUCCAUAGCACUGUACAAUGACCAGCAAUGAGGAGCCAGCACCAUGCGCCACCAGUCUGUCUGCCUCUGUGUGCCCGUUGCACGGAAAAAGACCCCCUUGUGAGCCAUGUGUGGUAUGUAUGACGCAAUGUGAAGCGCUACUGACUCAACCGCAGGAAGGCAGAGGGAGGGAGGGAGGGAGGGACAGAGCACACAGUACAAGUACAAUUACAAAUACACAUCUAUACAUACAUACACGGUACAUGUGCAUGCAUAUGUUACGGAUGCAUACACACACACACAUACGUGAGCUGUCUGUCUGUCUGCCGCUCGUUCAUGAGGACGGCGGUGGCGGGGCGAGGGCGGGGUGGGCGGCCGGGAAGGAUGUGUACGAGGAUGCACCCGUCGCAGCAGGCAUUCUCUGACGAUAUCGAAUCAGCUGAACCUGAGGACCGACAAUCGCCAUAACCAGCGGAGGUCGGCUUAUGCCUGUCUGUCUGUCUGGACACAGCACAGCCACGCACCUUCUUCAUGGGCCCUCCCUGCACAGGGUCGAAUCUCGCCUUGAGGUAUGUGCCGUCGGCACAUAAGACUGCAUUGCAGGCAAUACCAGACACACAGAGAGAGGUCUCAUGCAGCCACCGCCACACCUGUCGCUCAUGUGCAUCCAUCGUGCGGGCGCAGCCCCUACCGAUGACUGAGUUGCGGUCGGCCCCAAAUCCGCACACACAACGGCCGUCAGGCACUCUGACCCACCACACACACAGAAUAAUGAGAGGCUCCCUGUCUGUGCCAUUACUUCGUCAAGUCUGGCUCACUUACUUUAGCUGUGCAAAACUCCACUCGCUGGCAAAGUAUGGCGUUGCCCAGGACAGGAAACGGAAGCUGGACCUGGGAUUUGACGGCGACCCCCUGACACACACACAACACAGCCAUCCAUCCAGUCAUUCAUCCAUCCAUCCAUCAUGCGGUUCAUAUCACAUACUGUGAGCCUUGUGACGGCGACUCUCCAGCAGCGUGGGCAUAGGGCCCCCUGGCAGACGCGGGGGUCGUCUGCGAGAUGUCCUCAGCGCCGAUAAGGCCCGAGGGAGGGGCCAACCGGGGCAGGGGGGAGAGGGGGAGGGAUGCCGCGUCCGCAGGAAGGGCAAACGCGUGCACCGUGCCCUUGUCGGACGCAACCAGCAGCCUGGCACAGCACAACAAGUCGGUUGUCAGCGAGUGAGUGGUUGGUUUGGUAUCUAUCUAUCGUGUGGUCGUGUGGUUGUGUGAUUGUGUUGCUCAGCACACCAUGGUGCGGAUGGGUGGAAGGCGAUAGAGUAGAUGUCGGCCUGGUCGGCGCCCCGCCGCAGCUCCCGCAGCUGCUGACCGCUGUGGGGAGUGAAUAGACGGAUUAUCGUACCCUGACAGACACAAACACAAGUGGGGGGGAGGGGGAGGGCGAGGGCGAGAAAGAUUCGUAUGUAAGCGUUGUCGGCCCCUUUGCACCUUCUGUACCUUCUGUGAGGCCGUAGCGAGCAGCGUGGCAUCGCUGUUGAGGGCCACACAAGCCAGGGGGGUCUCGUGGGCAGCUGGGAGAGACGACGGACGGAUCAAGGAACAAAACAGCGUGUGGUGUCUGUCGAUGCUCAUAGAUCUGUCUGUGCGUACCAACCAACCUAUGAUAGCGACCGAGUUGGUGUGCCUCACAUGCGUCACGUCGUGCUGCUGCCGGUCGGUCAUCUCAGGCGACUCCUUCUCCUUCCCCUUCCCCUGUGCCGCUGGGCCCUCACUCCCGAACGCCUGGCUGUAGAAGACCACCAAAACACGGCCCCGCUGCAGCCCGGGACACGCCAGAACGAUUCGCGAGUCGGAUGGGCUGCUCGCCACGUCCAUCAGACCUGCGACAAGACAGACGAGAAUGAGUGCGUGAGUAAGCGCUUGUGUGGUGGGAAUGUGCCGCCCACGUGGCGCCUGGCUGACCUCUUGGGUUUUGGAUGGUGUCGACGGCCUCGAUAAGCUGGAGGUCCCGGAAACGGUAGACAAACACCUUCCUCUCCAACGCCACCACCACACUAAACCAACACAACACAGCACCAAACCACAUCAACACAACACACCCACAACAUGCGACUUCCUCCCUCAGCGCGUCCUGUAUUACACUUCAUUGAGCAGCUUGACGUUUCUGACGGUACUGGAGAAGGUCAGCUCCGCAAUGCACCGGCCCAGCCGGUCGUCCCACAGCAUCACUUGGGUGGGCGGCCAUCUCGGUGUCGGGCCGCCGCCGACGAGCGCGAGCAUGUUGCUGCGGUAGAGCAUGGCGACGAUGGCGAUGCCGGCGGAGUCCGGGCUGAAUCCGCCCGCGCUGUCGUGCAGAGUGCACUUGUGGUUGUCGGUCGCGAAGUCUGAAGGAGAGCGAUAAUGGGCGGGCGAUUCGAUGAGUGUGUUCAUUCCUGUUGUGUGUUGUGUUUGAUGAUACCUACCUCGCUUGAACAUCUCUUUGAACGGAUCCUGAGGACAAUACACACACAUUGUGACGCACACAAGAGAGGCAGACGAUUCAUGGUGUGUCCGUUCCUCUGCUUCCUGCGGCUGCCGUCCGUCCUCCCUCCCUCCCUCCCUCCCCCUCCCCUCACUCACCGUGUUGAAGACCUGGAAGCCCGUCGUGGUGCCGCAGGCGAAGCAUGAGUAAUCCUGGUUGAAUGAUGGCAGGACGUCAUCUGUUGGGUAGCUGGACUCGCCACUCAUCAUGGUGUCCUAAGGGCUUUUCCGUGAGGAAAGGGGUCGCGCGACACUACACGCGCAAAGGAGAAACCCUGCUCG